CUGAGGUGGUCCCUGAGAAGUUUCUUGCAUCUUUUGUCGUCGCACCACUCCCCAAAGUCUAAUAUCGACGCUAGUUUGACGUUGCUUAUCGGGAGUGUCUGCAUUCUGUUCGUCGGACAGAAAUUCGAGUCAGCUGCUUGUUCCGCCUCUGGCCUGUGUGUCUACUUUCUCCCUAUCCUUCUCCCUCUUUCUCUCUCCCUCGCUGUCUGUGUGUGCGUGAGCGCGCGUGAGCCCGUGUUCUACUGUGCCUGUGUUUCGGGGCUUGGAUAUCCCCCAGGGCAUAAAGAACUGCUCUCUCCCUUGGUCGCUCACCCUUACCUGUUCCAUAAUAUAGUUUAUCUUGCGGUUUCCCUCGAAACGUCCUACAAACGAUGCACCACAGGCGACGCGCACCCCCGAUUGUCCUCUCCCCAGCUCCCCCCCCUGGAGCUGACGACUCUAACGGCCACGUGAACACGAUUGAGAUUGUACAUCACUUCGAGUCGCAAACGAAUCCUGCUAAGCCCGCCCGUCCUUCCCCUCUUACCACUUCCAAUGGCAUGCCACUAGUGCUGCUGGAGCGACUCCGGUCUUUCCCGCUGUUCCUUAGUGCCCCUGAGGAGUUCUUGUCAGCCGUUGCAACCCACCUAAGGCCCCAACCUUACUCGCCACGAGAUUAUAUCCUCACCGAGGGCGAUGAAGCAAAAGCUAUGUAUUGGCUCGUCCGAGGUGCUGUGGCAGUCACUUCGAGGGAUGGGGAAAGCACCUAUGCGGAAUUGCGGCCUGGAGCGUUCUUUGGAGAAAUUGGUAUACUAAUGGACAUACCACGAACGGCGACAAUCAUUGCCCGGAGCAGAUGUUUGCUUGUCGUUUUGACAAAAGAAGCGCUCCAGCGCGAGCUGCCUAAGUUUCCCGAAGUGGAAAGGGCCAUUAGGGAGGAGGCGGAGGAGCGCUUGACGCUGCUCAACAAGAAGAAAAAGGAAAGGGAAAGCAGCCCGAGAACCGGGGGGGUAAAAAGGGCGGUCGACUCGGAUGGAGAUGUCGAGAUUGGAGAUAACAUAUAUCUCAAGCCCGAUACCCCAAGGGCCUUUGGGGGCCCCAGUCCUAUCCCGAAGCCCGGGAGCCAAUGGGUGACCAAUUCAGCUCUGGGAAGCGGGCAGGUCAAUAUUCGGCAAUUACUGAAGGAACUACCAUUAUUUGCAAAUCUACCGCAGGAAAACCUUCACUUUUUAGGAUUGAGCGCAGCCCCCCGGACGUAUGCGCCCUUUCAGACCAUCAUACAGCAAUACUCGAUGGGGAGGGAGAUAUACUUUAUUGUGGGCGGUGAAGUUGAGGUUGUGGACGAAAUGGUUAUGGACCCGAAGCAGAACAAGGUCAAGGCACGGCUGAGGAAAGGCCAACAUUUUGGGGAGGUUGUAGCUCUAUCUUUGGCACCCAGGAGGACAGCCACAGUUCGCGCGAUAACACCUGUGGAAUGUCUAGUGAUUGAGGGCGAUGUACUGGAGGAAUUGUGGAAAAAGUGUCCUCCGGAAGUGCAACAACAGUUGGAGAUGACUGCAAGGGACCGCAUGGAUGGGGAUGGAGAAAACGUUCUCAUGAGGGAUGCGCCAGCAACCCCUACUCAGUCAAUCGAUAGAUUGGAUAUAUCAGAUCUCCCAAAAGCGUCCUCAAUGAACUUGACGGUUCCCGAGUCACGGUUCACGGGACCGAACGACUCGAAUCUUGUCGAACCCUUUGACCCGGAUCCAUACCUACCCGCAGACUUUGAAUCGCUUAGGUCAAAGUCUAGGCGAGGCUCGCUUGCCCCACCGCCACCACAAUCGAGCGCCACAUCGAGCAGCUCUUCGCCAACGGAAGAGAAUCCAAGCCCUCUUUCAAGAUCUACAACACCUUCGCCGGUAAAGACCAAACAUGUGACCACUCCCCCGGAACAUCACGCCACGGUAAAACGGGCGCGUAUACUCUCUCGGAAACCCUCCAGGUUCAACAUUGGUCAAUUCAAGGAUGAUAUCCUGAUCCAAAUAUUCAAACAUAUGGAACUUCACGAGUUGAUGCGAGUGCGUCAGGUGUCGACACAUUGGUCAAGGCUGCUUACCAAUUCUCCAUACCUGCUGACCACUCUUGACUUGAAGCCCUAUAACCGAGUGAUCAAUGACAACGUGUUGAUACAUGCCAUUGCACCCUUUGUAGGGCAUAGACCCAGUCUGAUAGACAUAUCAAACUGCUUUCACAUUGGUGAUGAGGGCUUCAUGGUCCUUGCGCAGACCUGUGGCGCAAACGUCAAAGUUUGGAAGAUGAAGAGUGUUUGGGACAUUACGGGGCAGGCCAUACUUGAAAUGUCAAACCGUGCAAAAGGGCUCGAGGAAAUCGAUCUUAGCAACUGCCGGAAAGUGAGUGAUACACUUCUAGCAAGGGUCGUGGGUUGGGUUCAGGCCCCACCCCAACCACCACCAAUGUAUCCCGCCCCAGGUACCGUAAUCGGAUGUCCAAACCUCAGCCGGCUGACAUUGAGUUAUUGCAAGCAUGUCACUGACCGCACCAUGUCCCACCUUGCGGCGCACGCAGCCCGUAGGUUGGAGCAUGUGGAUCUCACGCGAUGUACCACUAUCACAGACCAAGGAUUCCAGAGCUGGAGCAUGACGCGCUUUGAGAGACUACGAAGUCUAUGUCUAGCAGAUUGCACCUAUCUCACCGACAGCGCAGUAGUAUUCCUUACGAACGCGGCUAAGGGUCUCCGAAGCCUUGAUUUGUCUUUCUGCUGCGCCUUAUCAGACACAGCAACGGAAGUCCUCUCACUUGGCUGCCCGCACCUAUCCGUCCUAAAACUGUCGUUCUGCGGAUCCGCCGUGUCUGACUCAUCACUCAGAGCAAUAGGUCUGCAUCUGCUUGAACUUCGCGAGCUUUCCGUCCGCGGAUGCGUGCGCGUUACGGGCGUGGGCGUGGAAGCGGUGGUGGAAGGCUGCCACAACCUCGAAGUCUUUGACGUGAGCCAGUGCAAGAACCUCGCCAGGUGGAUAGAGAGCGGUGGUGUGGAAAAGUGCACGCAAACGUGGAAGCGGAAUAUCAGGUUUGAGACUGUAGCCGUGGACGUUAUCGCGGGCGACAGGAGGCGAUGACAAUGACAGAUUCUCGGGGGAGAUGAAUGUAGCCGUGGCAUGUGAUAUUAAGCGUGCAAUGAUUCGAUUUCCGCCGCAUUUUAGGGAAUUAUAAGUAGAAUAUGGAUUUUUCUCCUU